AUGUUCCCUGACGAGCUCAAGGGACUCAUGCUGGUGGAAGAGAAGCUCGUCUCGCUCAACUCCUGCUAUGGUGUUCCCAACAACGUGCAGGAGCUGGCGACCAAGGUGCUCCGCACCCCUUUGCAAGCACUGGACGAGAUCCACGUUUCGUGGCAGGGCGUGGAGAAGCCGGCACCGAGCGACCUGUCGAGUCUCUUGUCGGAAACGGGAGGCGAGGCUGAAGGGCACGGGCCCAACGAAGAAGGCGCGGGUCGUGAUGGAGUUGGUGCUAGCCCCGAUCAGAACGUUCGACCAAUCAACGAGGUGACGUCUUCCGGCAUGUUUGGGCUGGACGGACCGCCAGACGUGGCGGAUGUCGAAAGCUGCGGUUUGCCUGUGACGCUGUUGGCGCAGGUGCCGACGACGGCCGCGCGGGCCCGAGAACUGAGCCAUACAUUCGAGUCUCGCGGGGAUGAGUUUGCCGACUCCUUUGAGACGUCCUUCUUCGCCAGAACGUUCCCGACCCUGUUCCCAUUUGGCGUUGGGGACCAAGGGGCGGCAGCGGGAGACAUCGUAUCCUCCCGAAGCUUGAACCUCCGGAUUUGGGCCGACAUCGUGCUCCGGCGCCAUGGUGGCCGGUUUGCGUUGCACCACAUAUUUGCAUUUCUCGUCUUCAACAUGGGGGUGCGGUCGAGGAACCGCCGCGUCAGCAUGCUGAGUGUGGCGAGGAAGGACUUCGGCAAGGUCGAGCGCGUUGCCCGCUCGAUGACCGCGCAAAGGAGCUUCUCAGGAGCCUCUCGCUGUACGGCCACCGGCAACCCAUGUCGAGAGGUUCGGCUCAAUAUGCGGCGGAAAAUCCAGUCGCUCAUCGUUGGCUACGGCGUUCCGGCCAUCUGGUUCACCAUCAACCCAAACGACAUUACGAACCCGGUGAAGCUGCGACUGGCGGCAUAUCGGACACGCGAUCCCGGCGCGGCCGAGGAGUUCCUAGAAGGCCUUGGGAGUGCGUACAAGCGGACAAGGCUGGCCAUGUCCGAUCCGAUGAGCGCCGCCGUAUUCUUCCACCGGGAGAUGAAGCUGUUCUUCGAUCAUUACGUGAAGCUCGAUGCUUGCCGACAUCCACGGGAGGAUCAGGCGGCGUAUCGCGAGCGAAUCAUACGAUACGUCGAUAGUGUCUUCUCCGAGGAUCUGGAUCAGGAAGGGUUCUGCGCCGUGCAAGCGGAGCGAUCUGUGACGUCCGAUAUUUCCUCCCUGCUGGACAACACCGAGCAGUUUUCGGCCGCAUUUGACGAGGAGGCCAACUUCUGUGCCGGCGCUACACAGGUUCAAGGCUUAGCCCGCCCUGUGUCAAGAAUUCCUUGGGCAAAGGAGCGCGGAAGGAAUCCAUGCCGGUUUAAGUCUCCAUGGAGGUUGGUCGACAAGACCGCCAUCACGGCAGACGGGGUGUUGCAGAUCCGGAGGACUCACAGCAUGGUCAAUCGAUGGAACAAGGCUAUCGCUGUUGGGCUCCGGCACAACCACGACAUUUCCUUCAUUGCGACGCAGCGCAAGACCAUGGCCCUUAUGUAUUAUGUCACGAACUACGCGACGAAGGUGGAGGACCCGGUGUGGAAGCGUGUGGCGGCCGCGGCCGAUCUCCUGGCCGCCUCAACGGGUGACGGCACGGCCAACGGAGGACAGGACGACGGUGGAGGUGCUGUCGAGGUCGUCGCUCAUCUUCUUGGAUAUCCGGCCGAGUUCACCAACAGCAGCGCCUGGGCGUACCUGAACACAUCUCUGCUGUACUGGGAAGUCUUUCGACGGUGGCCGUAUCUCCGACGAGCAAGUGGCGCGGCGGCCAUAGAUGAUACUCUGGAUGAGUCGGUGCUCAGGCGGCCGGGCAAGCAUGCUACCGUCUGCCUCGAUGGCUACCUGAGCAAGGACUUCGGCCACAACGACGACGAGGAGUCGCCACCGGAGGGCAGCCGUGCAGCAUCUUGCGCUAUUUGUGCCGUGGGAGUCCUUUCUGCGCGAAGAAACAGAAUAUCAUGUCUCGUCGACAACGUGCAGCUGCUUCGACGAUCAGCCGAAGACGCAAAGCGCGACGCCAAGCAAUGGGCGGCCUCAUCCGGCGAUGGCGAUUCCACGGUCGCCCACGUCGAGGAGGGCGAGACAGGCGAGGCGGGCGCAGAAUUUGCAGCGACGUAUCGGUCCAACAACAUCGGAGACGCAACGCGCCUGAUCGACGUCGUCCGAGGCGCAGUGGGCACGAAUCAGGUGACGGCCAAGUCGCCGGAGCUCAUGGCAAUGAUGCGGCAGCUCUGUCGAUUCCAGCAAUCGGCGCUCUGCUCAACGGCCGAGCUCGAGGCCAUCGCGAUUCCCGAACAAGGGUUGAGGUGCAUAAGCAUGCCAGGGCGGGUAUUUUCCGGGGCCGCACUACCGCCGCAGGAUCAGGUCAAGGCUAUCAAGUCGCAGCAGAUAACGAUCGCCGAGCUGCGUUGCGGAGGUGAUGACCGGCUUCGGGAGGACGACGUCGAAAUGACGACAGCCGACUCCGACGAGACGGCUAGCGACGCAGAAGCGGGAAUGCGCGUCCAGCUUGGCCCAUCGACCUCCUUCUUCGCGGCGGGCAAGGAGUUGUCAACACGGCUAACGCUGAACAAGAGGCAGUCGAUCGCUUUCCUAAUAAUAUGCCGCCAGCUCGAUUUGAUGCGACAAACGAAUAGGGGCGAUGCCGGCCAGCUCUGCCAGUUCGUCGGCGGCGAGGGGGGCACCGGCAAGUCGCGGAUCAUUGGGGCACUCGUCGAGCUGUUCAGUGGGAAGAGCCUUUCGAAUCGUCUGCUGAUCACGGCGACGUCAGGGACUGCCGCGGCGCAGAUCAACGGCAUCACGAUCCACUCCGCCUGCGGGUUCACUAAAGACCAAGGGCGGGCGGCGCGAACACAGCCAAGGACCUUGACGGGAAAGAUUUCGGGGAUCCCCAUCGUCCUCUUCUGCGGAGACUUUCAGCAGUUCCGGCCGGUCCAAGAGAGGUCGAUCGUCCUGCCGAGCGCGGCCAUCUCGUGGGACGUAGACAACUCGUUCAAGGCCGAGCAGCGGCACCAGCACGACAAAGCGCACGCGCUGUGGAAGAGAUUCACGACGCGGAUCCGGCAGGGUGUGCAGGACCGCACGGAUCUGGACCUCCUCAACUCAAGGUGCUACCGCGAGGGCAGGCGGAUCCCUUGGGAGACUGGCAUCACCGUGGUGACGCCGCUGAACAGGAAUCGGUGGAACCUAAACAUGGAGGCAAGCUUGGCGUUCCGGGUCCAGCAGCGGUCGACGAUGCGCAUCUUCAUCUCCGAGCACAAGUGGAAGGAGGGCCUGCCGACCGAGGAAGAAGCGAUCAUGGUACUCAAUCAAGGCGACGAUAGCGCGAUCCCCGUGCCGGCCGUCUUCAUGUUCGUGGCCGGGAUGCCGGUCAUUGUCGACAAGGCGUCCCCAGGGCAUCGAAUCUCGUCCGACAUGACGAUCCACUUCGGGCCGCCGGCGGGGAUAUUACUGGAAUCGGCGACGACAAAGGACCUCCACUUCAACGACGUCAGCCGGAAGGGAUUGCCGUGCGCAGCAGCCUUCGCCUGCACGGACUACAAGGUGCAGGGCAGAACGCUAGAGCGCGUGGCCCUGGAGCUGCGGGGGACACGGACGACGAAAGUCGAUGGAAGGGCCGUGCCCUCGCAAUGCGACCCGUACAGCUUAUAUGUGCAGCUAUCGCGCUGUCGAACGCUAGACGGCAUCACGCUCGUGUCAAGGUGCGGGAGAGACUUGGUGGGCAACCGAGUCCCCGAAGAGAUGACCGCCGCGCAGGCCAGGCUGGAGGUGCUAAGCGAGAGGACUGUCGAGGAAGCUUUGCGUCGGUCGGAUGGCGACGCUGAAGAGUCAAGGAGAGUUGUCAGGGUGAGGUGA